CUACUGUCUAUAAAGCGAGGGAUAAGAACACCAACCAAAUCGUGGCUAUUAAAAAGAUUAAACUGGGACAUAGGUCAGAAGCUAAAGAUGGAAUCAGAACAGCCCUUAGGGAGAUAAAAUUAUUACAGGAACUAAGCCAUCCGAAUAUUAUUGGUCUUCUAGAUGCAUUUGGUCACAAGUCCAAUAUUAGUUUGGUGUUUGAUUUUAUGGAAACGGAUCUAGAGGUAAUUAUAAAGGAUACUGGUAUUGUGUUGACACAGUCUCACAUCAAGGCCUAUAUGUUGAUGACUCUUCAGGGAUUAGAAUAUUUACAUCAGCACUGGAUUCUACACAGGGAUCUUAAACCAAAUAAUUUGUUGUUGGACGAAAAUGGGGUUUUGAAAUUGGCUGACUUCGGCUUGGCAAAAUCUUUUGGAAGCCCAAACAGAGUUUAUACACACCAGGUAGUAACAAGGUGGUACCGAUCCCCAGAACUAUUGUUUGGUGCUAGAAUGUAUGGUGUUGGUGUUGAUAUGUGGGCUGUUGGUUGUAUUUUAGCUGAAUUGCUCCUCAGGGUUCCUUUUUUGCCUGGAGACUCUGAUCUUGACCAGCUGACAAGGAUAUUUGAAACACUGGGCACUCCAACAGAAGAACAGUGGCCU